CCUCCCGGCCCGGCCCCUCCUCCCCCGCCCCCCUCCGGGCUGGACCGCGGAUGGUACGUUCCGCACGUGAGCUGGGUGCUGGUCUGGCCGGCGACGCGCGUGCCCUGUGGCCAAACACUGCCUGGAGUGAGAGCAAACUACCAGCGCAGUGGGGCCGGCGCGAGUGUGCGUGUGUGUGCGUGUGUGUGUGCGAGCGCGGUGGAGGGGGGACCAACUGCUUCACACUUUCAACACUGCACUGAAGAGGGAGAGCGAGAGAGAGAGAGACUGGAGACGCACAGAUCCCCCCAAGAUCUCCCAAGCCUACCGUCCCACAGAUUAUUGUACAGAGCCCCAAAAAUCGAAACAGAGGAAACGAACAGCAGUUGAACAUGGACGAAGGAAUUCCUCAUUUGCAAGAGAGACAGUUACUGGAACAUAGAGAUUUUAUAGGACUGGACUAUUCCUCUUUGUAUAUGUGUAAACCCAAAAGGAGCAUGAAACGAGACGAUACCAAGGAUACCUACAAAUUACCGCACAGAUUAAUAGAAAAGAAAAGAAGAGACCGAAUUAAUGAAUGCAUUGCUCAGCUGAAAGAUUUACUGCCUGAACAUCUGAAAUUGACAACUCUGGGGCAUCUGGAGAAAGCCGUAGUCUUGGAAUUAACUCUGAAACACUUAAAAGCUUUAACCGCCUUAACCGAGCAACAGCAUCAGAAGAUAAUUGCUUUACAGAAUGGGGAGCGAUCUCUGAAAUCGCCCAUUCAGUCCGACUUGGAUGCGUUCCACUCGGGAUUUCAAACAUGCGCCAAAGAAGUCUUGCAAUACCUCUCCCGGUUUGAGAGCUGGACACCCAGGGAGCCGCGGUGUGUCCAGCUGAUCAACCACUUGCACGCCGUGGCCACCCAGUUCUUGCCCACCCCGCAGCUGUUGACUCAACAGGUCCCUCUGAGCAAAGGCACUGGCGCUCCCUCGGCCGCCGGGUCGGCGGCCGCCCCCUGCCUGGAGCGCACGGGGCAGAAGCUGGAGCCCCUCGCCUACUGCGUGCCGGUCAUCCAGCGGACUCAGCCCAGCGCCGAGCUCGCCGCCGAGAAUGACACGGACACCGACAGCGGCUACGGCGGCGAAGCCGAGGCCCGGCCGGACCGCGAGAAAGGCAAAGGCGCUGGGGCGAGCCGCGUCACCAUCAAGCAGGAGCCUCCCGGGGAGGAUUUGCCGGCGCCCAAGAGGAUGAAGCUGGAUUCCCGCGGCGGCGGCAGCGGCGGCGGCCCGGGGGGCGGCGCGGCGGCGGCUGCAGCUGCGCUCCUGGGGCCCGACCCUGCCGCCGCAGCCGCGUUGCUGAGACCCGACGCCGCCCUGCUCAGCUCGCUGGUGGCGUUCGGCGGAGGCGGGGGCGCGCCUUUCCCGCAGCCCGCGGCCGCCGCGGCCCCCUUCUGCCUGCCCUUCUGCUUCCUCUCGCCUUCUGCAGCCGCCGCCUACGUGCAGCCCUUCCUGGACAAGAGCGGCCUGGAGAAGUAUCUGUACCCGGCGGCGGCUGCCGCCCCGUUCCCACUGCUAUACCCCGGCAUCCCUGCCCCGGCCGCAGCUGCGGCCGCCGCCGCCGCCGCUGCCGCCGCCGCCGCCGCCUUCCCCUGCCUGUCCUCGGUGUUGUCGCCCCCUCCCGAGAAGGCCGGCGCCGCCGCCGCCGCGACCCUCCUGCCGCACGAGGUGGCGCCCCUUGGGGCGCCGCACCCACAGCACCCGCACGGCCGCACCCACCUGCCCUUCGCCUGCCCCCGCGAGCCGGGGAACCCGGAGAGCUCUGCUCAGGAAGAUCCCUCGCAGCCAGGAAAGGAAGCCCCCUGAAUCCUUGCGUCUCAAAGGACGGAGGUUCAAGCGGAGUGAGAAGUUAAAACACCCUUAACGUCUUUAAGGGA